ACGUUCCGUGUGCUUCCGUCGCAUUUGGUCAGUCCCUGUACACAUGAGCGCUUCACGGGUUUGUAAAAAUCGUUCUUCUCUGACUCCCCAGCAGCAACCAUAUCCGCGGUGUGUGUGUCAAAGUCGUACAAAAGGAAUUCUUUUUAAAAUGCAACGUGUCAUUUCUUUAAAAAUGCGAACACUAUGAUCCAUAUCUGUCAAAGACAUUUGGAGAGACCAUGCCCAACUGGGCGCGUUAUCUCAUCUUUUUUCAGUACAUUGGAACAAACUACAGGGGUGUCGUGAAAGUGCCUCCACAUCAGCUGGAUAGAAAAGGGGUUCAGGACCACUUGGAAGAUGCAAUAAGUAGGCUUAGGCCGCUCUACCCAGUGUCUCUUACAGUCUCCAGCAGGACAGACGCAGGUGUCCACGCCUUAUCUAACUCCGCCCAUUUCGACCUCCAACGCAAGAACGAUAAGCCGCCAUUUACUGAAGACAUUCUUGUUGAGGCUCUUAAUUUCCACCUCAGGCCAGAGCAGAUCAGGAUCACCCGUGCACUACGCGUGCCUGAUGAUUUCCAUGCCCGUUUCCGUGCCCAGUCUCGGACCUAUGUCUACCGGAUCGCCCUGGGAAUCUCCCACCACUCAAUGCUUCCCCUCACAGACCACAAUCUCUGCUGGAGCCUCCGCAACACGACUCUGGAUGUGGGAGCCAUGCGCGAGGCUGCCGCCCUGCUGGUCGGGACUCAGGAUUUCAGCAGCUUCAGGGCAGUCAACUCUGACAUGCCAUUUAAAAGCCCUGUGAAAACGCUGGAUGUGGCCAGCAUAGAGCCUGGAAGCUCCUUCGCACACACACACUUCCACAGAGAGAUACCAUUUUGGGAGCUGACUUUCACAAGCAGAUCUUUUCUCUAUAAGCAGGUGCGGCGGAUGACAGGGGCCCUGGUGGCUGUAGGACGGGGGCAGCUCUCAGUGCCCCAGCUGCAGGAGAUAUUGGAGGUUCGGGACUCUCUUGCCUUCCCUCAGGGCAUGGCUGCUCCGGCCCAUGGCCUCUUCCUCACCAGGGUGGACUACAGACAGACUGACCUGCAGCUUUCACAACAGACAUCAGAGGAGUAAUUUAUCUCCAGUGGAAACUCAGAGGAUGAAUUCUAUUUCAUUCAGUCAUGGUGAUAAAACUAUAUUUCUAUACUACUAUAUGCAGUGAUUGUAAUAAAGGUGUAUAUGUAUGUGUA